AAUUAAUUAAUUAAAAUACGAGCACUAUGUGUAGAUUAAAGAUUUAUUCAUUGUUAGAUCCAUGCUACAGUGACCCACCAUAGGUAUUUUACCUUUUAUGUCCUAAUCCUAGAUCCCACUAAGCUAUUGCCAAGGCAACAAUCUUGCCCUCCUUGUUUCUUUUCUUUUUUGGAUCGGUUUCAGAACUCAAAAAGUGUUAAGGUUUAGCAAUUAGCCCUAACAAGAUUUUUAGUUUUACUUCCUCCACUGUUGUGCUUCUGGGAAGCUUCUUAGGUACACAUGUUCUUCUAUACGGAUCACUAAGACAAAGAAAGACUAGUAAGUUUCCAAAUUUAGAAAUCAUUCAAAGAUAUUAUCGGAAUUGGAUAAGUUCUAGAAAUGGAAAGUUCCAAGAACAAUAGAGUGGAGAAGAGAGGGUAUGACUUGGUUGAGGAGGGUGAUGAUCGAUUAACACAGCCAAAGAAGCCUAAACUACCUGGUUUAGCAAGUGUGAUUGUGGAAGCUUUGAAGGUGGAUAGUCUGUAGAAACUUUGCUCAUCUCUGGAACCUCUACUCAGAAAAAUUGUCAGUGAAGAAGUGGAGCGUGCUUUGGCAAAACUAGGCCCUGCUAAACUGGCUGAAAGAUCUUUUCCAUCAAGAAUUGAAGGUCCAAAGGCAAAGAAUUUGCAGCUUCAUUUCCGAACAAGAAUGCCACCUCACUUGUUCACAGGUGGGAAGGUGGAUGGAGAGCAAGGAGCAGCCAUCCAUGUUGUGCUGCUAGAUCCCAACACGGGCAAUGUGGUUCAAGUUGGACCAGAAUCAGUCGCCAAGUUGAAUGUUGUGGUUCUUGAGGGUGACUUUAAUGAGGAAAGUGAUGAUGAAUGGACAAUAGAGCACUUUGAAAGCCACGAAGUGAAGGAACGUGAAGGGAAAAGGCCACUUCUCACUGGAGAUUUGCAAGUUAGCCUAAAGGAAGGCGUAGGAACCUUAGGUGAUCUUACUUUCACUGACAAUUCUAGCUGGAUUAGAAGUAGAAAAUUCAGGCUUGGUGUUAAAGUAGCUCCUGGGUAUUGUGAGGGAAUCCGUGUUCGCGAGGGAAAGACUGAAGCCUUUGCUGUUAAAGAUCAUAGAGGAGAAUUGUACAAGAAACACUAUCCACCUGCUUUGCAUGAUGAAGUUUGGCGACUGGAUCGCAUAGCUAAGGACGGUGCACUUCACAAAAAAUUGAUUCAAGCAAAAAUAGUAACUGUAGAAGAUUUCCUGCGUCUUCUUGUUCGGGAUCCACAGAGGUUAAGAAGCACACUCGGAAGCGGAAUGUCGAACAGGAUGUGGGAGAAUACUGUGGAGCAUGCCAAGACAUGUGUCUUGGGUGGUAAGCUUUUCGUUUACUACACUGAUGAAACCCACAGCACUGGCAUUGUGUUCAACCAUAUAUAUGAGUUGAGAGGCCUCAUUGCUGAGGGGCAAUUCUGCACUUUGGAAUCACUUACUCCAAAUCAGAAGAUGUCUGUGGAUUCCUUGGUGAAGAAAGCAUAUGACAAUUGGAACCAAGUUAUUGAAUAUGAUGGAAAAGUCUUAAAUUCUCUUAUGAAUUCCAGAAAGGGAUCAAGAUCUGUAUCUUCUAUAAUUAAUCAUAAUGAUGUCACAGGGCAGCAACCGCACACAUCUGCAAAGAAUAGGCUGCCAUAUGUACCCUCUUUACAAAAUCAACCUUUGCAAAUAGCGAAUAACUACUCCUCAAGUUCUGAUUUAACUGAUUACCAGUUUGAAAGAUCCAAUAAUGACAUGGUAGGGACAUCAGUGAAUAACUCUCAACUAGCAUUUUCUGGCAUCAUGAACUACCUACCGGGCGAAAAUCCUGAAGUUGAAGGUACAUAUUUCUCGGGAGAUUGGUCUAGGCCGAGAAAUUCACAAGGACUGGAAGACAUUGUUGCCGAAGAACUCCGUCUUAGGAGUUCAGAGAUGUUGGAGAGUGAUGAUAUGCAGAGGUUGCUGAAGACUAUUAAUGCUGGAGUCAGUAUGUCGACCAAUUUCAGUCAGUCUAAUGAAGGUUCAUACACCUACAGCCUGCAGUAUGAGCCUCAAAUGUAUCAUUCGUUUGCCGAGGAUCAGGGAAAGUCAUCAGGGAAAGCUGUUGUUGGAUGGCUUAAGCUCAAAGCAGCAUUGAGAUGGGGCAUAUUUAUCAGGAAAAAAGCUGCUGAAAGGAGAGCACAGCUCACUGAGUUGAAUUGAGUUAAAAUAUUUGAAAGUGGGAUAUUUUCAACUCAUUUUAAGCAAGGUGCUUGGUUAUGUGGUUCUUGGAAUUUUACAAAAGCAACCUAUUUCAUUGCUUUGAAGGCUUGAGAAAAAGUGUAAAAAAAUUCUGUUUCAGGGUUUCAACAGUGGGUUGAAGGUGGUAGUACCACCGCGGAAUAAUGUGCAAAAUUCUGAAGUGCGAUCCAGAACAUGCUUAUUACUGAUGGAACAACCUUUACUUUUCACUGAGGCUAAAUGUUAGGCAGCAGCAUCUAAUAGUAUUUUGUGGAUUUUUGCAUUUUUAUUGUGUAAUUUAAUUAUGAUUUAUAUUUUCAUUCUUUACUUUUACUUUUAUUUAUCGGAAACUUGUAUUCAGUGUUUUAAUGUUUGUUUUAGUCUAUUUGUUAUCUCAUAGUUUUAUCUUGAAGUAUUUGUAAGCUCGUCACAUAAUGUAAUAAGUU